GCGCACCCGUCCCUGCACCCAAGUAAUCCCUGGGAGUUUCACGUAAAAAUUGACCAUGCAACGCAGAUGCACUCGAGAUAGUGCCAGCAGGCGUCGAGGCUCGAGUAUUGUGAGAGAUUCUCAGCAUGGCUGGCCGCUGCCCCGAAUGCAGGGCGCAUGUCGUUGAAGUGUGGCCCGUCCACGGAGAUGUCUACUGCUCAGUUUGUUUGGACAGCGCUCCUGUUCCUUGUUUGAUUCGUCCGUGCCAUCAUUUGAUUUGCAAGGACCAUGCGCACAGACUGAACAUGACGGUCGUGGACCAUGAUCAGAACAUGACGGUCGUCCCUCAGCAGCGUCGCCUCGAACUGAGCCGCAUGACGGUCGUCCCUCAGCAGCGUCGCCUCGAACUGAGCCGCUCGGGCACGGUAGCGGUAGACUUUCGUUUGUUCGACAACGGUUGUACGAUCGACGUGGAGGCAGAUGGUUGGGGCCCCGACGAGCCGUCUCCCAGCCUUUGGUACAUCAAUUUCGUGAACCUUGCAGGUGACGUGGCCUUCCACUGGGCCAGCCGCAGGGGGCACGUUGUCACCAACACGAAACGGGAGACAACCGGUUGGAUGAACGAGGACAUUCACAGUCCGAGUCCUUACCCGGCGGACAGCGCUGUUCGCUGGAGGACAAGGUUUUCUCGGCGUGGCUUUGGUUGGAACGUCUUCGUGAACGGCCGCGAGUUCUUUUUCCGGGACAGGGUCAACGAACCGAUCGUCGGGAUUAAGGUGUCAAGGAACAUCAGGCACGUGUUCAGGCUGUUUGUGCAGUGAAAUCUGGAAUUCGAUGACCCGCUCGACUUCCGAAUUGCUUGGCGCUCGAAGUGUGCUGGCAGUUUUGAAGCGGUGGCAGCGUCUGGCCUUCAAGAAUCUUGGCGUGACCGUGAGCCGUCGGCCCACGCAACACGCCGACGAGGGUCAUUGAUGCUCUGUACAUAUAAUGUUCGUGGUUCUGCGCUCAUCGAGUGUAUGGGAGGGGCUCAGCAUCGAAAAGG